GCGUUGCGCGUCAGGCGUCCGCGACCAGCGGCAGAGUUCAAGCGUAUUCAUGCAACCAGUGUUUUAAUCUAAAGUUACAUUUUCUGCACAAUAAACAUGCAAAAUAUCGACACGGAGACCUUCAUAAAUGUAAUUAGAAGUUACCCUCCCAUUUGGUGUUCUACAAAUGCACAAUAUAAAAAUAAAAACGUAUUAAGAAAAAAGUGGGAUGAAAUAGUGAAGCUAUUCCCAGGAUCAAAAGUGGCAGACUUAAAAAAGAAGUGGAAGAACCUACGAGACCAUUAUCGUAAAGAAUUAAAAAGGUGUGCAGUUAGCUUAUCGGGGGAUCUGGAAGAAGAAAGGUACGACUCUAGUUGGAAAUAUUUCAACAAUAUGAGCUUCACUAAAGAGGAGUUAAUGCCUGUAACUAACGAAAUCAAUAUUAAACAAGAACCGGAUAGUGAAGAUGACAACAGUGUCAGCGCAGAGGAGGAUUCCACAGAAACAAGCGUAGGGUGUAGGCAGGACGUUGACACUGAACAAACAGUAACUACAGAAAGUAGGAAACGUGCAGCACACGACCUUAGACAAGAAUAUUUAGAAAUCGAGAAGAAAAAAUUAAAACUACUCGAAUAUGAAUCAACACGGCGUGGAACAGAUGAAUUAUCUAAAUCACAGGAUUACCAUUUCUUAAUGAGCCUUUUGCCAGAAAUUGAAAAACUACCAAUUGCAAACAAAUUUAGAUUGCGGAACAAAUUUAAUGAUGUGCUUCUGGAGGAGUUAAAUACUAUUUUUAUUAGUCCACAUUAUCAGACUAAUUAAAGGAAAAUUGUUAAAUUGAUAUUCAUUCCUAAAAAUGUUGUAAG